UGUAGAAUGAGAUAGUUACAGAGUGGCUAUAUGAAUGUUGGGGUUGCAAGGUGUAGAAACGGUGUUGGAAGCUUCUUGUUUGUGGUGGUGCUUCUAGAAAGCUCCGAGUACUGUAGCUACAUCACUCGCGCGUACCCAGUGCUUUUUUUUGCAAGAACAUCACGCACAGAAAAUCGAGAAACAGAAAUAGAAGUCUCUCGAGUCUCUAGUAUGGCCUUUCUAUCG